AUGAGACAAAGUUUAAGUUCUUCUGCACACAGGGAAAUUGAUCUAUGUAACCGUCAAAAAAAUAACAAACGAUGUCUUAUAUUUUCCUUGAACAGUACCUUUCAAUUUGUGCUAAGCGGAUAUUCAGAACAAAAUGAGCAAACAGACGAAGAUAUAAAUAGUUUAAAAAGUUUGCUAAAAUUUGAAUUGUGUUUUAUAUUAUAUAACAUUAAUAAAUAUUCAAACCAGUGCAAAUGGCUACUUAUUUUAUGGAUGCCUGAUGACAAUUUUGAAAAAGGAAAAGACAGUAAUGAUAUGAAAAAUAAAAAAAACGAGAAAAACCACAAUCAUGUAUCUAACUUAAACAAGCUUAUAUAUUACAAUUUGAAAAAUAAAAUUCUUGACAUAAUUAAUGAUAGUGAUAUUUCAUUUUUUCAAAUUAAAACAUUUGAAGAAUUAGAACAAUGCAUAAAUAGGAAUGUUUUCAACUUUAACAACCACAAUAAUAUCGACACUAACUGCUUAGAUCCAUUUACAAAUGAAACAGAUAAAAAUAAACAAUUAAAUAUAAAAAGUUGUCUAUAUAAUAAUUAUAUAAUAAAUUUACAAAUAAAAAAUCUUUAUUAUAAUUUUAUUGAAAAAAAUAAACAAUUUAUAGAACAUAUCAAAUUAGUAAAAGAAGAAAAAAAUUCAUGCUUAUUAUUUUUAAAAUUAAGCACAGAUAAUUAUGAAAUAAUAAGUAACUAUAUAAUAGUUCAAGAUAUAGAAUUUAUUAAAAAUAAAAUAAAUAAUGAAAACCUAUUUUAUAUUGUUUAUAAAAUAUUAGAUACAUAUACUUUUUUUUUUGUGUGUAAUGAAAAAUGUAAUAUAAAAGACAAAUUUGUUUAUUCACUUUUUAAAACAGAAGUUAUACAAGCUUUAAAAAAAAAUAAUAUUAUUAUUUUUUUAAGUAUUGAAAUAAGUAAACCUAAACAUGUUCUUGAUUUUAUUAAUUCAGACAUAUUAAAAACUGAAAAAAAAAAAAAAAAAAUCAAAUAA